AUGGCACCAGAAAACUUUACCUUUAUUAAAGAGAUAAUUUUGGUGGGACUCUCCAAUGACCGUGAGACACAGAUUUUGCUCUUUGUACUGAUCCUCCUCAUCUACUCAUUUACCCUUGUGGGGAACCUUGGAAUCAUCAUGCUAGUAGUGGCGGACUCCCACCUCCACACGCCCAUGUAUUUCUUCCUCGCACACCUCUCAAGCAUGGAAAUCUGUUAUGUCUCCAGCACCAUACCCCAGAUGCUGGCUCACCUUUUCACAGGUCAUGCGGCAUUGUCUUUAAUCCAUUGUGCAUUACAGAUGUAUAUAGCUUUGUCAUUGGCUUCUGCUGAAGCACUUCUGUUGGGCGUCAUGGCCUACGAUCGCUACAUAGCCAUCUGCCAUCCCCUGACCUAUGCCACUUCCAUGGGAAGAUGGCGCCAGUUACAACUUGCCUCAGCCUGCUGGGUAUGUGGCUUUUUGGGUUCUGUAAUAUGUGUGUUCCUCACCUUUAGCCACCCCUUCUGUGGCUCUGGCCUCAUCAACCAUUUUAUCUGUGAACUGCCAAUGAUGUUGAAAGUUGCAUGUGAUGACACCCACAUCACAGAAAUCAUCAUUUUUUUGCUUGCAGCAACAGUCCUCCUUGGACCGCUUUCCAUUAUCUUGGCGUCCUACGGGCUCAUUCUUUUCUCCGUAUCCCAAAUGCGGUCAGCUAGGGGAUUGCACAAGGCAUUCUCUACAUGUGGUUCCCACUUAGCAGUGGUCACUUUGUUCUAUGGCACCACCAUUUUUAUAUAUAUUGUACCCCACUCAGGAACAUCUCCUGAUAAUGAAAAGAAAAUUACCAUGUUUUAUGUUGUGGUCACCCCAUUUUUGAACCCUAUCAUUUACACUCUGAGGAACAAGGAUAUCCAUGAGGCGCUGGCCAAGGUAGUGCGAAGAUUGGGCUUUGAACAGAAAAAUUAA